AAAUUUGGCGCCUUUUCCACCAUUAUCAGAAGCUUCCAGCAGAAUCUUCAACUCAGAAACCCUAGCAGGAAAAGAAAGAAAACAAAAAAUGGUUCUUCUCCAGAACAACCCAACCGCUUCUCGUAAACGUCCGGCGGUGAAAUCCAAAACCGGAUUUGUUCCUCCUUUUGCUCCGCCCGCCAAAAUCCCCAAAUCCGCUGAGGAAAAUGUUCCACAAAUAGCUUCGGAAUUGGAAGCGCAAAAGUUAGGGAAAUCACAAAAUGUAAGUUCGACUGAGAAAAUGAUAUCAGUUCUAGCGGAUGCAGGCUGCACAUUGAUCAACCCGUCGGGUCCGCCAUGUCUACCGUCCGACCUACAUAGGCUUCGGAACAGUCUCAACCGUCUCUUCUCAGCCGAUUCCUCUCUAAAGUCUGAGUUCCUUCAAGGCUUCUCGUCUUACAUUAACUCUCCCGGCAACCUUCGCCGCAUUUUAUCACCUUCAAGACGUGAUGGACUUGGAUCAGUACGAAGUGACAGUCUGGCAAGAGUACUGCUACUGGUUCCUUCCAUCCAGUCACACAUUCAAAACUUGCUGCUUGAAAAGCUUCCUGAGUAUUUUGAUGUGGACCCUGGUGGAAAUGUUGGAGGGAGAUCAUCCUCUUUAUGUCUUGAAGAAGAUAUAGCAAGGCUGAUUCUGAACCAAUUCCGGUGGCUUGACUUCCUUGUAGACUCAGAAACAUUUACUGAAAAACUCUUUCAAGUAUUAUCUAUUUGCCCGGUUCAAUUGAAGAAGGAAAUAAUUGGGUCAUUGCCUGAGAUUAUUGGGGAGAAAAACAACAAAACUAUCAUAGAUUCGCUUCAGGAGAUGCUUCAAGAGGAUUCUUCCAUUAUUGUUCCCAUGCUCGACUGUUUCUCUAACCUUCAUUUGGAUGAUAUGUUGCAAGAACAGGUCAUUACAGUGGCGUUAUCUUGUAUCCGAACAAUUGAUGUGGAGCAUAUGCCCUACCUAUUGAGAUUCCUACUGAUUUUGGCUACGCCAGCCAAUACUCGUAGGAUUAUUUCACACAUCCGACAACAGCUCAAACUUGCUGGAGCAUCGAAUGUUUGGACCACACAGCAGAGUAAGAUGAAGGGAAAGUCAGUCGUCAACAAUGCAGAAGCUUCAAUACUUGAUGCCUUGCGGACAAGUCUUCGAUUUAAUAAAGUAAUUUGCCAAGAGACAUUGAAUGAACUGAAAAGCCUUGAGAAUGUUCAGAAUCAUAAGGUGAUAGACAUAUGGUUGCUUAUGCUUAUAUACAUGAGCAGCGAGCCUUUACAAAAGAGUGUUGAGAAGUUACUGAAGAAGAAAAUUCUUGAGGGCUGUAUAGUGGAAACAAUGUUUGAUCAAUGUAUUUCUGGGAAUAAGGAUUUGGCUCAGGAUUAUCUUCCUACCCUCCUUUCCAUUUCUGAGUACUUACUGGCUUGCAAAGAAGCCAAAGCCCGGGAAUUCGGCAUUCACAUGUACACAAAUCUAUUCAAAGAGCUCGUGGAUAGUUAUUCAAGACAGGAAGUCCUUGGAGCAUUAAUUACUCAUGUGGGCUCUGGGAUAAGUCAUGAAGUGAGUUCUGCUUUGGAUGUGCUGGUCCUCCUAGCCUCAAAGUACUCACAGGAGUUGAUUCCACUAUCUUCUCAUAUAACUGGCAUCCUAGAUUACUUGGAGACAUUUAGUGUUCAAAACCUGCAUAAGGUGUAUGAAGCUUUCAGUCUUUUGGCAUUUUCUGCUCAAGUGAGUACAGUGUCCUUUGGAUCUCCUAUUUCGAAUGAACUACUAGUGAUUGUGAGAAAGCAGCUGAGUAAUCCUGAUCUCAUUUAUAAGAAGAUGGGCUUAAUUGGCACUCUCAAGAUAGUUUCCUACCUUGGGGAUGCAAAAGCUACAAAGCAACUUUCAUCAUCUCAGAAGUCAAAUUACGAGGAAGCUUUGGAGCUUUUGGAAACAUCUAUGAAUUCUUGCAAGCAGCUGCCACUUCCAUUGAUUAUGUUCUAUGAUGAUCUGGCUUUAACAUUGAAGAAAAAGGCACUUCAUCCAGCCAUAGUAGAAUGGACAAGCAAACAUGUUGGGGACUUCGAAGCAAAGUUUUUGUGUGACCUUGACGGUGGGGAGCUUAUGGUCAAAGAGCUAUAUUGUGGUUUGGAAGGAGAUUUAUGGAUGAACCUCGAUGGAGACAUAUCUCCUAUAUGUCUGAAUGUCUUGCCACUUGUAUCCUCUUCAUUGCGGGCCGCUUCAUCACUGCAAAUUCUUCCUGCAAACUUCGUUUUGCUGUCUUCAAUUGAGAGGUUGGCAAAUCAAGGAUCUCUUGCAGGAAUUGAUGCACUUCUUGGCUGCCCUAUACACCUUCCUUCCUCUAAGUUCUUCUCUGAACCACUUUGGGGCUCUUUAAGUGGAAAGCAAAAGCAAAUCAUUAUCUUAUCAUUGUACUAUGCUGCCAAUUGGCUGCGGGAACUGCUCAAUGCCUUUUGCACUCAAGCUGUCAAUGAAUGUGAUGCAUUCAGUCAAGCAACAAGAGAGGAGAUAACUCUUAAACUUUUUAAGCGGUUGAGGAACCUCGUAUUCCUGGAGAGCUUACUAAACAGUUCCCUCAGACAGUGCUCCUUUUCUUUACCUGAACUCCAACCUCAUCUGGAGUCCUUGUCACUGAACAAGCUUGAUCAUAAUAGAGAUCAGGAGAUUAAGAAUGAGCAUGGUAAUGGGAAUGGUGGUUUAUUACAAAAGAAGAAGAAAGAGAAAAAGACCAGUCAAGCAUCACUUACUGAUGGAAAACUUAGGCAGCCAACCAUCAUGGAUGUUCUAAGGAAAGCAGGUGCAGUUCCGAGCCAAGAACCAAGUGUGAGUCCUUCUGGAACGUGCUCUAAAGGUAGCACACCUGAGCCAUCAGGGAAUCAACCACGUAAUUCUAAUAUACCAGCAAAUGUCGAUGUUUCUACCGCUCUGGAGCAUGUGGAAGCACAAAGAUACAAAUUCAGGCCUCUUUUGCUGGAUUGCUUUGCCAUCUUAGCUUUUCAGAAGACUCAGGAUUCCUGCUGUGCAGAUUCAGCUUCUGAGUUGCCCCUUUGUCUAUAUAUUCUGCGGGAUCUAAACAGAAAGCUGGACUACUUCAGUCCACGAAGGCAUAUAUUGGUUAGGCGCAUGAGUGUUCCUCCUGCAUUUGGUGAGAUGAAAGUCAUAGAGUUCAUAAGCAAAAUUCAGCCACUAUUUCCUUCUCUUAGAAGGCACUUGAAUUCUGCAGUAUCUGGUGUUAGAGCAGGUAUUACAGCAGGCUUUGUUCAAUGCCUUGCCAAAAGAAAAAUGCCAAAUUUAGAUAUCUUACAUAGAGUNGGGGGUUAA